AUGGGUGGCGAUAGUGGGGACCCAGAGAGCCAGUCGUCUUUCUUCCGCAGUGCCUCAAAGAAAGCUACAGAAUACCAUUCACAGACUCCGUACCUAAGACGGCUUCCCUUCCCCGCGAUUGCCAUCAUUGUCACUCUCAUUGUCGUCAACUUACUUGUUUGGGCCGCCGUUGGUAUCGUUUUGCACUGGCACACGCCACUCAUCUCGACAGCCGUACUUUCAUAUACCCUGGGUUUACGCCAUGCCCUAGAUGCAGAUCACAUCUCGGCCAUCGAUCUCAUGACUCGUCGUCUCAUAGCUGCAGACCAACGACCAGUCACAGUAGGCAUGUUCUUUAGUCUCGGACACUCGACGGUAGUGAUAGCUACAUCUCUCGUCGUUGCUGGCACUGCUGCUGCUGUUUCGGAUAAGUUUGACAAUUUCGAGCAUAUCGGUGGUAUCAUCGGGACAUCCGUGUCUGCAGCUUUCCUACUCCUACUUGGCAUCAUGAACAUGUACAUUCUGUAUAAGCUCAUUGUCCAGAUGCGAAAGAUGAUCGCCAGCGAUCCCGGAGGUGAACAUGAGGAGUUCAAAAUUCAGGGUGGUGGGUGCUUAUUCCCGCUCUUACAAAAGCUGUUUAAGCUAGUCGACCAACCCUGGAAGAUGUACCCUCUCGGAGUACUCUUUGGGUUGGGCUUCGACACAUCUUCUGAAAUUGCCAUCUUGGGUAUUAGCUCAAUUCAAGCAACCAAAGGCACUUCAAUAUGGCUUAUUUUGAUCUUCCCGCUGCUCUUCACGGCGGGCAUGUGUCUACUGGAUACGACGGACGGCGCACUGAUGAUGAGCCUGUAUACGAGUACUCAACUUGCACGCGAUCCGAUAGCAAUUUGCUACUAUAGCAUUGUCCUCACCGUCAUCACUGUCAUUGUCGCGACAAUCAUCGGGACAGUUCAGUUCCUCAAUUUGAUUCUCAAUGUUGCUGAGCCCCAUGGCAAGUUCUGGGACGGUGUAGAAAAACUGGGCAAUGCAUGGGACAUUGUUGGCGGAGCAAUAUGUGGUGCGUUCGUCGUCUUUGGUGGCCUCAGUGUUCUCUUAUACAAGCCAUGGAGACGGCGCAUCGACAAGAAGAGAGUUACUAACGCACAUUUUGAGCCCCUAUCACAAGAUCAGAAUACUCCGCAGCCUAGCGAGGGUGAGUUUCGUGAUCUACAAGAGCCGGACGUGACACUUGCCAAGAACAUGGAUGUGCACGUGGAGCCUGUUGAUGCAACUGAUGCCGCUGGUCCUGCACAUCGAUGA